GACGCGAACCUCGCGCUGAACUGCGCUGCUCUCAUUGUUCGUCGAUCGUCGCGUCAUGGAAAGAGUUACUGCGUUUGUGCUCAAAGUAAAGAAAUACUUUAUGAAAAACUCUUCACGGGCCUGUUGAAUCACACCUCGAAGGAGAUAAUACGAGCACACGGCGAUCUGAACUGGCUGUGUGGAUGAUAAAGAUGCUUUAGCUCUAACUUACUUCUUAUUCGUUUGUUUGCGGAAUGCAAAGGAUGCGUUUAUUUCCCUUCUCUGUCUGGGAUUCUGGGAUAAUGUUUUCAUCUGGAAUUUAGUUCAGCCUGACUUGCGAAACAGAUGUUUUUGUUUAUGUUUUUAAAUAUAUUUGCAGCAUGCAUGAUGCUUGAAACUAUUUUAUAGUUAUUAUGAGAGACUGAACUGGAUGUGUUUGCCGGUGUCUCGAUUCUGCUGGACGGGAUUUGUGGAUUUAUCGGUUUAUUUUUUUGCGGAUGAAGAGAAGUUUUGUGGAAUAAUGAAACGGCAUAAAUUAAGGGAAGUUGGAGAGUAACAACCUGACAGUUGACUUCCAACAUCUAAGUCUUGAUUCCCAGUGAAACAUAAAAGAUUACUGUUGUCUUCUUUGUGAUACAAAAAUGUCCCUGAGAGCCAAAGCCCUCUAUACUUUCCAAAGUGAGAACAAGGAAGAGAUCAACAUCCAGGAGAAUGAGGAGCUGGUGAUUUUCGACGAGAACUCUGUGGACGGCUGGCUGCAGGGUGAGAACAGCCGAGGAGAACGAGGCCUGUUCCCCGCCUCGUACGUUCACAUCAUCCGGAACCGAUCCGGGUCCAACCUGACGGAUCAUUCCCUCAGCUCACCUGAAAGCUCUCCUGGUAGAGAUGUAUCGUACAUCCAUGCGCCUUCCACGACCCUGCCGAGCGACGACGAUGACGACUGGGACGACUGGGAUGAAACCUCGACGGUGGUUGAGGAUGAAGAUCCUCGGAGAGGUGUUGGCGCCAAUGGACAUUCCCAAAAUCCAUAUUCCAACCCCAACGUUCACUACCGGCCCAAGCCGUAUAUGGAGCGCCAGGACAGCAUGUCCAGCAAUAGAAAGGGCAGCAUGGUGGGCAGGAACUUGAACCGAUUCUCCAGCUUCGUGCGGUCAGGUGUGGAAGCCUUCAUACUUGGCGACGUUCCCAUGAUGGCAAAGAUCGCAGAGUCUUACUCUAUUGAAAUGGGCCUCCGGGGGCCUCAGUGGAAGGAGAACCCUCAGCCCUUCACUUGUUCCGUUGAAGACCCCACCAAACAGACGAAGUUUAAAGGCAUUAAGACGUACAUUUCGUACCGCGUCACCCCCAGUCACAAUGGCAGGCCGGUGUACCGCCGCUACAAGCACUUUGACUGGCUCUACAACAGACUACUGCACAAAUUCACAGUGAUUUCCAUUCCUCACCUUCCCGAGAAGCAGGCCACGGGACGAUUCGAGGAAGACUUUAUUGAGAAAAGGAAGAGGAGGCUUAUUUUGUGGAUGGACCACAUGACCAGCCACCCCGUGUUGUCUCAGUAUGAGGGUUUCGAACACUUCCUCAUGUGUGCAGAUGACAAACAGUGGAAGCUCGGGAAGAGGCGAGCGGAAAAGGACGAGAUGGUCGGAGCGCACUUCAUGCUCACCUUCCAGAUUCCCAACGAGCACCAGGACCUUCAGGACGUGGAGGAGCGCAUUGACUCCUUUAAGGUGUUCGCCAAAAAGAUGGACGACAGUGUGAUGCAGCUGACCCACGUCACAUCAGAGCUGGUCCGCAAACACCUCGGAGGCUUCCGGAAAGAAUUCCAGAGGCUGGGAAAUGCCUUCCAGUCCAUCAGCCAGUCGUUCCUGCUGGACCCUCCAUACAACUCGGACUCCCUGAGUAAUGCCAUCUCGCACACAGGCCGCACCUACGAGAACAUCGGUGAGAUGUUUGCAGAGCAACCUAAAUACGACCUGUUUCACAUGCUGGAUAAACUGUCACUCUACCAGGGCCUGCUGUCCAACUUUCCAGACAUCAUCCACCUGCAGAAAGGUGCUUUUGCUAAAGUGAAGGAGUCUCAGCGUAUGAGCGAUGAGGGGAAGAUGGACCAAGAGGAAGCGCAUGGCAUUCGUAAACGCUGCAGGACUGUGGGUUUCGCCCUGCAGGCCGAGAUGAACCACUUCCACCAGCGCAGGGAGGUGGACUUUAAAGAGAUGAUGCAGGCAUAUCUCCGCCAACAGAUCGCCUUCUACCAGCGUGUAGGUCAGCAGUUAGAGAGAACCCUUCGCAUGUACGAUAACCUCUAGAGCCUUUUGCCUCUGGACUGAAAUGGAGAUACAACACAUCUGUGGACAGAUACACAAGGGUUUUUUUUACUCCCAUAGUUGGAAUUCCAGACAGGAUUGUUUUGCAAGAGGAACAGGACAUUCUCGCUUCUGCACUUAAAAAUGUCACUUUUAACCCCAGAAACCAACAAAACAGUUGCCUUUGAUAGACUAUUCAUGCAUAUCUUCAUAUUUUGAAUUUUAUUUAAAUAUCUGAUAGAUCAAAGUUACAUAUUUUUUUUAUUCGAUACUUACAGAGUCAGGUGUGCGAAUGACGUUACCUGUGCUUUAGCAGAUGCUAACCAGACUCUGUCUGAUCAUGUGAUGCAAGAUGUUUACAUAAUAGUUUGCCAAAAAACUUUUAUUACAAAUUAUUAGUUGUGAUACUGCCUUAUUCAGGCACACACAAAAAGUGUCAAAUGCUGAAUGUUGCAUUUUCUAUUUAUGGCUUGUUGAGUUGCUCCACCCACACUGAAAUCUCAUUGGUCCAAAAGCACAAAAAAAAUAAAUAAAUAAAAAAAUUUCAGUACAAAUAUCUAAUCACUUGAGAAUCAAAAUGAUGUAAGAAAACGAAGGAAAAAAAAUAGUUUUUGCCUAAAACAAGAAAAAAAAUUUGCUAGUAAGGUAAGAAAAAUAGUAGUAUUCCACUUUUUUUCUUGCCUCAUCAACAGAUUAUUAUUAUUAUUAUUAUUUUUAAGCAAUAACUUUUGAUAUAUUUUUUAGAAAACAACUACUUUUGCUUUUCAGGUAAAUGCAUCAUUAUUCAAGAAUGUUUCGAUAUUUGUACUGAAAAACGACUGAAAUACUAAGCAAGAACAUCAUUUUGCCAUCAGAAUAACUUAAUAUUACAUUUAUUACUUGGUCUGAUUGGCUUGGAUUUGUUGUUUCGUGCAACAUAUCGCUUUCAAUGACAAAGACAAAAAUAUGAUUUGACGCUUUAAAACAAAUUUGCUUGGAGUAGGUGAGCAAGAAAUAAACCCACAUAACAGGUUCAUAUGUCUUCUGCUCACAUCCAGGAAGUUUAAUCAAAUAAAAUGUUGUUCCAGCUCUCCUUCAGGUAGAAGAAGAUUCAUGCGGGUCUGAUGUGAUACCGUGAUCAGAUGUGACAGUCAUACAUAUGAUAGUCAUCAGUGAUUCAGAUGAAUAACACCAGGCUUCUUCCGCACCAUCAUUCGUGGUCCGGUACUAAUUUAUCCUAGUGCUAUUUAGACAUAACGUGUUUUUGUGAAUUCUUGGGCAAGAAUCUCCACCCACAGACUCUGUAUAUCAGAUGGAAACACUUCAGUAUUAAAUGUUUGUUCAGGGUGUUUCUAAAGCAAAAGGGAGCUCUUAUCCUCCUCCUCUCCUUUUUGUGUGCCCUCAGGAAAAACUUGAGAGGACUUUGAGCUUAUGUCAAUGGUUUUUGUUGUAAUUUCCUCACAAGUAGGCUUUAUUUUUAGUUGUAGUCGCUAGGUUUAAGGGGUACAGAGGUUUGUGUAAAAUCUCAAGGCUGCAAUCUAAGUGGUUAAGAGUUGUGAUUUUAUUUGUAUUUUUUUACACAAUGCUUUUGGUUUAACUAUAAAACCUCUCAAGUUUCAGAUUAUGAACUUGGAUGUUAACCGUUUGCACACUUCGUCAACUGAGGACCAAAAUGUAAACUUUUAGGAUUACUGAUGUUUUUCUUUUUACAUGUGGAGCAGAUUUUCUUUAAUGGAAUAAGAUUAUUAAAAAAGCUAACUGACUUUUUAUCUCACAAUUCAGACUUUUUCAUGCAAUCAGGAAUUUAUAUCUCUCAAUUCUGACUUGUUAUAAACACACAGUUGUUAGUUAUAUAAACUUGAAUUUCUUAGAAAACAAAUUCAGAAAAGUUGAGAUAAUUAUUAUUAUUUUUUUGGAUGGAAACAAAUAAGUCAGUAUUGUGAGAUUUAAACAUAAUUAUAGGGGGGAAAAAAUCUGAAUGUAAAAUUUUUAACUUGUAAUUCUAAGGAAAAUGUCAAAAUAAUUUUUUUUCCCGCUCAGAAUUGUAAGCUUUGUAUAAAAAGUCUCAAUUCCCUUUUUAAUAAUUUUAUUCUGUGGUGGAAACAGGCUUCCAUAGACUUUGUCUCAAACAAUGUAUCAAUAAAUAAGUCAACAUGGAAUCAAAAUCAAACUUGUUUACUCUCGUAAUACACACAAAUGCUAUUUUUCAAUAGAUAAACACAUAAACAUACACAUAUCCCAAAAUAUGUUGCAUUUUGAAUGCAUUGCAAACUGCAUUUCAUGUGGACUUUAACAUGAACAACCUGAAGAAUAUUUUUAAGUCUUGUCUUGUGGUUUGCAAAAAAGUGUUUGUUUAUAGUUUUCGAAUCAGUCAAAGCAAUGCUGAGUGUUCCCAUAAAGCAUUUAUUUUCUGGUAAAUGGGAAAAAAAUGCAGAUAAACAAAAAAGCCCCUGCUUCCAAUGCUCUGGAAAACCUUGGAUCAUAAACAGACUGUGUAUCAGGGUUGCGUGUGUCCACUCGGUGACUUCACUCACAUUCUGGGAUACAGCUGAGGUCAAUCACAGCAGAGGUCCUCACGCUUUCAUACCAGAGACAGUUUUCCAUGACUUAUCAAAAUAUUACAUUUGCUUAAUGAUCUUUUAGCAUUCUGUAGUGGCAAUGUCACAUCUGAAGACGGAUUCGACACACUCGGAUAGAAAUAGAUGUUUUAAUGAGCUGAAAUAUCAAGCAACUAAAAACAACAACGGCGGAAAAUGACAAAACAUUUCUUGGGGAACGGCAGACCUCACACGGAUGAUUUCAGACUUUUUUAGGACGCGCGAGACUGCGUCCAGCACAUUGCUCUGUGUUUACUCACUGUAAGGAGGACAGUAGAAGUCCUUUAAUGUGUAGAUUUGACACUUUAUACACAUUCUGGUGUCCAACAGGAGAUCUGAAUAAAGAGACCACAAAAUGCAUUCAGUUUCUUUACUGGCUGUAUUUUUAGGGGCCUUUUUUAAAAUUAAAACUUUAUUGGCUGG